AUGGCGGAAGCGCAGCAGAGUACGAAGGAAGAACUAAUAUUUAUCAAAGAGUACCAUGUUCAUGAUAUUUGUUUUGGGUUGUUAUUUUUAGGCAUUUUGAUGGUUCACGAUGACGUUAUUCCUAAAAAUAUACAAGAACAGUUCGAGAAACGCUUGAAACAGUGGAAGAAUGAUGAUCAACAGUUUGUUGGUACCAAAGCAGAGAAACAUGUAAUGGAAAAAGUUUUGAAACAAAGUUCAGUUACCCUGGUAGGAAACUCAGGCAUUGGAAAAAGUUUUCUUUCUAAACACAUUGCCUUGUUGAUGAUGGAAAAUGGCUUUACUGUAAUUCCAUGCAAUAAACCUGGAGAUAUUAGAAACUGGUUUAAACAUGGUCAGAAAACAUUAUUUGUCUAUGAUGACGUCUGUGGCAGAUAUACUCUUGAUCAUCAAAUUUACGAUGACUGGAAACAACACCUGGAUCACAUUAAAUCUCUUCUUACAGACCAAUGUUGUAAAAUAAUAUCUACAUGUAGAUUGGAGGUUUACAAAGAUGAACGUUUUAGCAAUCUCUCUAUUUUCAAAAUGUGCAACAUCAAUUUAAGUUCACAAGAAUUUAAUCUUAGUGCCACUGAAAAAAAUACUUUAGCUGAAGUGUACUUUAAGGACAAAGCUGAUGAAGUAAAGGAACUGUCAGAACAAUAUGAUUUUUUUCCACUUUUAUGCAGCUUAUAUCAUAAUCAGAAUCUUCAGAAGAAUGUCGGCAUUAGCUCGUUUUUAACGAAUCCUUUUGAUUGUUUUGAAGAUCAAAUUGUACAAAUGUAUGUGGAGAGUGAGGCUGGUAAGAUUCAGUAUUGUAGCUUAGUCCUUUGUGUGAUGUUUAACAACACAUUAACAGAAGAACAUUUGUCAACAAAAGAUAAAAAGAUAGAAACAAUAAUAGAAGAUUUAGUAGAAGAAUGUGAACUGAAUAAAGGAACAUCAAUCAAACGUUUAAAGAAUUCCUUUGAAAAACUUGAAGGGACCUAUGUGGUCAAGGAGGAUAACACAUACAAGAUAAUCCAUGAUAAGUUGUUUGAUUUCCUGGCUAAGUACUUUGGAGAGAAUAUGUUAAAGCUAUUUUUUCAUCAUGCGAAUACUGAUUUCAUUGCAGAGAGAUUCAUUUGGAAGAUUACAGAUAGCAUGAGCACAGAAAUAGAGUUUGUGAUACAAAUACCUGAUAAAUAUAUAGAUAGAUAUAUAGAAAGAUUGCUGAGAGACUGGAAGAACGGUUAUGUCUACCGUGUAUGUCAUAACAGAAACAUGAAAUCUACUUUAUUUACAGAGACAUUUGUUACACAUUUAAAUCAACUUGAUCAAUCAAAGCAACAUGAACUUGUUUGUACUAAAGAUAUUCACAGUAAAGAUAUAGCCCUUUCAGGAAGCUGUUAUAUGGGUACUAUUGACCUUGUCAAAUGGUUAAUAAGUAAGAAUAGUGACAUUAAUUAUAAUAGACAGGAUGGUGGUUUCCCUUUAUUUUGGGCAAGUAGUCAAGGACAUGUUAAUGUUGUUGAAGAAUUGUUACAACAUUCAGCUGAUGUCAAUAAGUCUGAUGUCAAUAAAUGUGACAAUAAUGAUGCAUCACCUCUGUAUAUAGCAAGUCAGAAUGGAAAUGUUGAUAUUGUAAAAGAACUGUUACAACAUUCAGCUGAUGUCAAUAAAUGUUACAAUAAUGGUCUAUCACCUCUGUCUAUAGCAAUUCAGGAAAGACAUGUUGAUGUUGUUAAAUGUAGUGAUGUGAUUAUUGAUCUCUGUAAUAAAAAUGGAAAUUCUUCACUUCAUAUAGCAAGUAAGAAUGGACAUGUUAAUGUUGUUAAAGAGCUGUUACAACAUUCAGCUGAUGUCAAUAAAUGUAACAAUAAUGAUGCAUCACCUCUGUAUAUAGCAAGUCAGAAUGGAAAUGUUGAUAUUGUAAAAGAACUGUUACAACAUUCAGCUGAUGUCAAUAAAUGUUACAAUAAUGGUGUAUCACCUCUGUAUCAAGCAAGCCAGAAUGGACAUGUUCAUGUUGUUAAAGAACUGUUACAACAUUCAGCUGAUGUCAAUAAGUGUGACAAUAAUGAUGCAUCCCCUCUGUAUCAAGCAAGCCAGAAUGGACAUGUUCAUGUUGUUAAAGAACUGUUACAACAUUCAGCUGAUGUCAAUAAGUGUGACAAUAAUGAUGUAUCGCCUCUGUAUAUAGCCAGUCAGAAUGGAAAUGUUGAUAUUGUAAAAGAACUGUUACAACAUUCAGCUGAUGUCAAUAAAUGUUACAAUAAUGGUGUAUCACCUCUGUAUCAAGCAAGCCAGAAUGGACAUGUUCAUGUUGUUAAAGAACUGUUACAACAUUCAGCUGAUGUCAAUAAGUGUGACAAUGAUGAUGCAUCACCUCUGUAUAUAGCAAGUAAGACUGGACAUGUUAAUGUUGUUAAAGAACUGUUACAACAUUCCGCUGAUGUCAAUAAGUGUGACAAUAAUGAUGCAUCCCCUCUGUAUCAAGCAAGCCAAAAUGGACAUGUUCAUGUUGUUAAAGAACUGUUACAACAUUCAGCUGAUGUCAAUAAGUGUGACAAUAAUGGUGUAUCACCUCUGUAUAUAGCAAGUCAGGUAGGACAUGUUUUUGUUGUUAAAGAACUGUUACAACAUGCAGCUGACGUCAAUAAAUGUAGUAAUGAUGGCACCUCACCACUACAGAUUGCUUUAAACAACAACAAUGUUGAGGUUGUGCAUGUCCUUCUUCGGAGUACACAGCAGUGAUCAAUAUGUCACAAUUAGAACUAACACAAACAAAUA